AUGGAAGCAGGCUAUCAACCACCAGACAUGGGUCGGGGAUUGAAGUUAUCUGCCACUAUUUUAAAUGCAAAUGCCACACGAGAGGAGUUGAUCAUUGAGAUAGUAGAAAGAAUGGAGGACUCUAUAGGAUGGGACAAGGAAGACAAAGAAUUCUCUUUGAUGGAUGUGGUAGCAGCCAGAAUUCGAAGCAGUAGUACGAAUGUUGACUGUGUUAGUGAGAAUGGGAAUAAGUGCCACAAGGAGGAGGAGGAGCAAGAGAUCUCGGAAGACAGUACUGAAGAAGAAGAUGACGUAACAUUCGUUUUGGAAAUUGUGCAGAAGAGACAGCAGCAACAGCUCGAUGACGAUGAGAUUACCGAAGAAGAACCAACCACUCCCACCGGUAUUAUUACAAGUACUCAAGAUGACCUGGUCAUUACCACGUUCGCGUCACUACCUACAGCAGGAGGUACCAAUGCCAUUGGAGAGAAGCUAUUAGGUCAGCAGCAAUCAGAACCACUGCCUAAUCAAAUGCAAUCAGAAAGAGGAUGGGACGAGGAACAAGCCAUUCCACCGGUUCUACGGCGAGAACACGGACACCACCGAGCAAGCAUGAGUCGUCCAGGCGCCUUUCGCUGUUCUAGCACUCGCACCAUGGAUACCCUCACAGAAACGCAAACACAUGAAGAAAGGGUUGUGGAACCAGCACUGAAUCUGGAAAACUAUCAUGACAGUGGUUUGGCCGUGGCCAAUCCUGUGGACGAAGAAACCCUUCCCGAUAAUUUGCCACAGGCACAGGAUUACAAUGCCGAAUCCCAAGAUCGAAACAGAGAAGAUAGAAUGAAGCAAUUUAAAACCAAGGUCCUCUUGGGCGUCAUUGUUUUGUUGGCCAUCACUCUCAUUGCGGUUGCCAUUGUCACACCUGGGAAGAAGAAUCCGGAGGAAGAUUCCGAGCCCACCGAGGGACCCACCCACAACCCAUCGCAGGCACCCACUUUGUACUCCGAUUAUUGGCUGUCUCUGUUCCCAACAACCACCGUCACUGCCAUUUUGAAUUCUCUCGACUCGCCUCAGUCCAAAGCCUAUGAUUGGCUCUUGGAGGAUAUUGAAAGUUUACCCUUUCUGUCUCACGAUAGGAUCAAGCAAAAGUUCGCACUGGCCGUCCUCUACUUUGCCACUGGUGGAGAAAACUGGCUGACAAGCACCAGCUGGCUCAACCAUACUGUCCAUGAAUGUGAUUGGUUCACCCAGCCUACUUUUUCGAAUAAGCAUGGAUUGUCUAAGGUUUUCCCAGGCUUCUUGGCUGGUUUUUUGGAACCUCCCCCGUCAACAAGCUGUGACAAUGAUGGGCAGUAUCUCCAUCUCUGGCUGGGCCAAAACGAUCUCGGUGGCUCUUUGCCAGAAGAACUUUACAUGCUGACUUCACUGCAAACACUGUCGAUUGAUGGAAGAAAUCUAGUAGGCACCAUUUCAAGGUUGCUUGGGCAGCUGACCAAUUUAAAUGGUCUUUCCUAUGUUAACUCACUGAUGUCAGGCAUGAUACCAAGCGAAGUUGGCUUGCUCUCAAACAUGAGUAUCCUCUCCUUGGCCAGCAAUCGGCUAAGUGGGCCCAUUCCUUCAGAGCUCUGGAGGCUAACCAAGCUUGACACCAUAAACCUGGGAGGCCAAAAUCAAAAUCUGCACGGCAAAUUGCCCACAGAGCUUGGUACCUUUUCAAAGCUAAGAUGGAUUAUUUUGGAAGGUGGCCAUCUCACAGGGAUAAUUCCCACAGAACUUGGACAGAUUGAGACGUUUGAAAAGUUUAUUCUCAAUCACAACCAAUUUUCAGGAACCAUACCAAGUGAGAUUGGAAUGCUUUCCAACAUGUCACUGCUGUCAUUCCGCAAUAAUAACAUGGUUGGAAUGUUGCCCAGCGAAUUGGGCUUGCUCACUGGGCUUACUGGGCUGUUCGCCCGAAGCAACCAACUAUCAUCCCAAAUUCCGAGUGAAAUUGGACUCCUAACAAAUCUGGUGGUAGGCCUAGGCUUCCAAGACAAUGAGUUCCUCACUGGGACUAUCCCGACAGAGCUGGGCCGCUUGACUCAGUUGCAUUUUCUGGAACUCCAAGGAAACCAGCUCUCGGGAAAGGUCCCCAGUGAAUUUGGUGAACUCAGUGCUCUUGGUGCUUUGAAUUUGGCCAGCAACAGCUUGUCUGGUUCAGUCCCUCAAGAAUUGUCAGCUUUGCAAGAAACUCUCCACACAUUUGCACUGCAUGGGAACCCAUUGUUGGGUGGUACCAUCCCUGAUGCCAUUUGCAGCCUGAAUGGUACCUGCACAAAGUUUCGAACCAAGCUGGAUUCCUGUACUGGACCUCAAGGUCUGUUCUUUGAUUGUACUAAUUUGCUGUGCGGCUGUGGGUGCACUUGCGGGGAGCCAAACUGA